AUGCUGUCCGCUCUGGCCGGCAACCUGUCCAACGCGCGACAAUCGAUUGCCCAGGUCCUCAACUUCGCCCUUGUGCUCUCCACAGCCUUCAUGCUAUGGAAAGGCGUGUCGAUAGCGUCGAAUUCCAGCAGUCCCAUCGUGGUCGUGCUAUCGGGGUCUAUGGAGCCCGCGUUCCAGCGCGGCGACCUACUGUUUCUCUGGAAUCGAGGCGAGAGGGCGGAGGUGGGAGAGAUUGUGGUGUACAAUGUGCGAGGCAAGGAUAUUCCAAUCGUCCACCGCGUCGUCCGCACGUAUACCGAAGAGAGCCCCAAGCUGAAGACGAAGAAUAAGAAUAAGACACUCGAACCAUCCACCACCCCCCAGAAACUGCUCACCAAAGGAGACAACAACCUCGCCGACGACACCGAGCUGUAUGCCCGCGGCCAGAGUUUCCUAGAUCGCAAAGAAGACAUCGUGGGCAGUGUACGGGGGUACUUCCCUGGCGUGGGAUAUGUGACGAUCAUGCUGAGCGAGCAUCCGUGGCUGAAGACGGUGCUGCUGGGAGUGAUGGGGCUGAUGGUGGUGUUGCAGAGGGAAUGA